AUGCUACGCAGCCGCUCCGAGCAAAUACAGUUCUGCCAGCAGACAACGGCCAGACUCAAGACCAGCCAGGAAAGCUUCCUUGUGAAGCUCAAAAAGGGGGAGAAGGCGCAGGUCGCAGCCGGUCAGCCGCCGCGACUGCGCUCCGAGCCAGAAGAAUACGUCCAUGUGCUGAACCUCUGGGUGCGGAUUCGCAAGGACGCCGGUCCAUCUUGGCCUUUGCAGCUGGCCCCUGAAUCACGCCCCUCCAAGGAGAUCCUGCAUGAUUUGGGGGUCCUGCUCGCCGACCUGGCCGAGUCCAACCACCCUGCAGCGUCCCCCGGAGAGGCUCACCUCGCGAUGCUCGCAGGAGCCUCGGCGCUCGGAUGCGACGCGUCGACCAUCAGCCUGACGCGCUGGUGGAAUUCGAGGUUUCCGCAGACGGACAUGGCCCUCUCGAACCUGUUCAGACCCGCCGCAGCCCGGUUCCGAGAGAUUCUGAACAAGGGCAACCAUCCGUACGCCCUCACUGUGGAGGCUCUUCGGCUCGUCAACACGGGCAAGCCGCAGGCUGCCCUAAGAUUCGUUAAUCGUGUGGCCCAAGUCACGGAUGUGGAGUCUUUCCCUUGGAGGGAUCUGUUGGAGUCAUGCCAAUCAAAGUCGCAGCUGCAACGCGAAGACAAGAGCGCAGCGUUGGAGGCGGCUCGCGAUCCUAGUCAGCAGAGGUCCCAGGCUGCCAUGGAGACUCUCAUGAGGCAUAGCCCGCUUGCGGCGGAGAGACGCCGCGCAGCAGAGAGGCACUUUAUGAUUGAACCGAAUCUCGUGUCUCUGCGGUUCCUCGCUGAAGACGACGUUGCUAGCGAGCCAGUAGUGGGUGAUGCUCAACAAGCCGAGGAUAUUAUCCAGAAGGAGUGGAAACUUUUGUACAAGACCAUGACGGAGGAGUCCAAGGAGGCAGAGCGAUAA